AUGCAUGGUGACAGGUGGAUCCCAAUCCGAGUGCUUAACACCUCCAGUAAACCUAUCACUCUGAGGCGCAAUACAAAGAUGGCAGAAGUGUCUGCUUGCAUUGCUGUUGAGGACUUGGAUGAGGACACAGAGGCCGUUGAGACCGUGGGAGUGAAUAACCAAGCCGUGUCUUGUGAGCACUUUGGCCUCCAAGAAACCUUGACUAUGCUUGGGCUUGAAAAUCUUGAUAUCGACUCUUGUGAGGUGUCACCCUAUUGGAAAGGUCAACUCAUGGAGCUUGUUCGGAAGUAUGAGGAUGUCUUUUCUAAGAGCAAACUGGACUGUGGAUCAGCUAAAGACAUUGUCCACAGAAUCCAUCUGUCCGAUACUCGGCCAUUCAGGCUCCCGUACCGCAGAGUCCCACCUGGGCAGUACCACAAACUCAGAGAGGUCCUUUCCGAGAUGGAGGAGCUAGAGAUAAUUCGCAAAUCGAAAAGUGAGUGGGCAUCUCCGCUGGUUCUUGUGUGGAAAAAAGAGUGGAGACUUGAGAAUCUGUGUGGAUUAUCGCUGGCUCAAUGCGCGUACGGUCAAAGACGCUCAUCCGUUGCCACACCAAGCAGACUGUCUGGCAGCCCUUGGAGGAAGUGCUAUCUUCAGUGCGAUGGAUCUUACUUCUGGCUUCUAUAA